UCUCUAGUUCUUUGGAAACUUUUCUUUGUGGAACUAUUUUACUUUAGCGACUCUAUCAAAGAGUCUGCAGCAGCGUUAGCAAGGAAUUGAUUUAAAAAAAAAGAAAUCUCUGGACGCUGGCGGUGGAUUAGCGAAAGCAGCUCGCUGAUAACGAGAAAGGAGUGGAUGGUGAGGCAGAGAUCGUGAUCUUUCAAUGGUUGAGGCGACACGACUCGAUCGCUUGGUGAUCUAAAGGCAUCCUUGAAAUCUUCCCUUUACGCAAAGAGACUUCCAAUGUCCUUCAAAAUGAUCAGUGGGCUCUCGCUAAUGCUCGUGGGUUGCCUGGUUGCCGACCUUGUCCAAGCGGGGUACAAGACUGAAUCCCUCGGACGGUGUGAGGGUCGGGACUGCAGUGCAGGAUGCAAGUGUUUCCCAGAGAAAGGGUCAAGGGGAUCGCCGGGACAGAUCGGACCCCAGGGACGGAGUGGACCUCCGGGUUUUCAUGGACCAUUUGGGGUGACGGGAUCGAAGGGUGAGAAGGGCCACCAUGGUCUACCUGGGGUUGGCGGAAUGAAAGGAGAUAAGGGUCCGAUAGGUGUUCCAGGAUUUGUCGGGACAAACGGCAUCCCGGGUCAUCCAGGUCAACAAGGAUCAAGAGGUUUUCCUGGUCUGGAUGGUUGCAAUGGCACCAAAGGAGAACUAGGUCCCAGCGGUUAUGAUGGAUAUCCAGGAAUACCAGGAUUACCGGGUGAAUUUGGUCGUAAAGGAGCCAAAGGAGAGCCCAACUACUUCUCCGGGGGCUCCAUUGAAUCGAGGGGUGAUCCUGGCCUCCCAGGUCUGGAUGGGUUUCCUGGUCCGAUGGGUUUUCCUGGACCCUCUGGUCCCGAGGGUGUCAGAGGUUCAGCUGGAAUUCCAGGGGGGCCGGGCUUACCGGGGCCUCGAGGUCUGAAGGGUAACAUGGGAUUGGGAUUCCAAGGACAGAAAGGAGGAAAGGGAGACGUGGGUCUUCCGGGUCCUCCAGGACCGCCGCCUGCCACCGGAACGCUUGAGUUUGCUAGACCAGCCGGAUUUCCCAAAGGUGACAGAGGUGAUCAGGGCCAAAAAGGAUUACCUGGCCCCACUGGAAGUCCCGGAUUACGUGGCCCACCGGGUUUUUCAAAUGUGUUUGUGCCAAAAGGAGAGAAAGGAAUUCCUGGUCUUCCGGGCGCGAGGGGAUUUUCAGGCGCAGAUGGGUCACCUGGAAUUCCUGGAAAAACGGGUCGACCUGGUUUCGUUGGAAUAAGAGGAAAAGAUGGAUAUCAAGGACAGAAGGGUGAUCAUGGAGAAAUUGGACCACCAGGACCUACGGCUUAUACAGAUCAAAGUGGAACUGUCUUUAAAGGCCCUCCUGGAGAUCCAGGCACACCAGGACUCUCAGGUCCUCCAGGAGGCCCAGGUUUCCAAGGUCCACCAGGAUUACCCGGAUUACCAGGAUCUCCGGGACGAUAUCCAGGGUCAAAGGGUCUUGCAGGAUUCCCAGGUGUUGCAGGUCCUAAAGGAGAACGUGGAACGCCAGGAAGGACGUCAUUCCAAUCACUGGGACUUCCAGGGCAACCCGGUCUACAAGGCCCACCAGGACCACCAGGACCACCAGGACCAUCAGUACCGGGAAAUACUGGGAUUGUAAACGAUGGGAAUGUUGGGCCUCCAGGUCCACCUGGACCAACUGGCCCUCCAGGGUUUCGAGGGAUCAAUGGAUAUAAAGGUGAACCGGGCGAUUGUGUCUGCAAUGGGGUGCGUACAGGAGGGAACCAAGGCUCUCCUGGUCCUCCGGGAGAAGCAGGAAAGGCUGGUUCUAAUAGCAGGAAUGGACAGUGUGGAAAUCCUGGAACGCCAGGACGCCCAGGACAAACAGGACCGCCAGGAUAUCCAGGAGUGUCUGGCGGGUCAGGUCCAAAAGGACAGAAGGGAGACUCAUCGUUCUCUACAGCAAGAGGACCAAAAGGAGAUCCUGGUAUUCCAGGAUCAAGAGGACCCUCUGGAAUUCCGGGAAAACCAGGAAGGGAUGGCUUACCAGGUUUAACGGGACCUCCUGGUCCAACCGGGGAGCGUGUAUUUGGUUUUCCAGGAGUCAAAGGGCUCCCAGGCAGCCCAGGUCCAAGGGGACCUCCAGGAGCAAGAGGUGACCCAGGUAAUGGACUUCCAGGACCUCCAGGUUUCCAAGGACCUCCAGGUGAUCCAGGAAUUGAUGGAAGACCGGGAUCAUCAGGAUAUCCAGGAGCGCCAGGUGACUGUUGCUGCGGGGAAACCGCUGGUGAAGGCGGCCGUCAGAGAACGGGAGGAGUCACACUCCCCUGUGUGGCCCGAGGCAACAGAGGUUUCAAAGGAUUGCCAGGACCUACAGGAUGGCCAGGUCUAAAAGGUAGACCAGGAUUUCCUGGCACCCCAGGACGACCAGGAUUGAAUGGACCAAAGGGAUUUCCUGGAACUCCAGGCUUGUUGGGUGAAUCAGGUCCUCCAGGGUUUCCUGGAAUACCAGGUGAUAAUGGGCUACCAGGACUCCCCGGACAGGAUGGAAAUGAAGGUCCUCCUGGAAAGAUUGGUAUUUCUGGUACUCCAGGUCUGAAAGGACAACCAGGAGAGGUCUACGGUGCAACGCCAGGUGCUCGGGGUUUCCCUGGUCAACCUGGAAAACCAGGAUUAAAAGGUGCUCCAGGAGGUUCUGGUUUACCAGGCCCUACAGGUUUCGAUGGGCGGCCAGGACGGCAAAUCGCAAAAGGUGAAAGGGGAAAUCCAGGCUACCCUGGUCUCCAAGGCCUGCCCGGAUCGCCAGGUGCCGAUGGAGUGGACACUUUACCAGGGCUGGUGGGAAAAGUGGGCAGACCCGGUGAGCCCGGACAAUCAGGUUUCCCGGGACCAAAGGGUUUCGUAGGAGAUCGUGGGCCUUCAGGACCCUCUGGCAUGAAGGGAUUCCCAGGAAUGUCAGGAAAUCCCGGUUACCCUGGGUCUCCAGGACUCCCGGGACUUCCAGGGGAACCUGGCCGUGAAACGCCAUAUAGUCGAUAUGGUAGAAAAGGUGAGAUGGGCUCUCCGGGUUUGAUUGGAUUCCCAGGAACGCCUGGCCUUCCAGGUUCGCCAGGAUACGAUGGGAGAAAAGGAGAAACGGGAAGUUCAGGAAGACCAGGCUACCCAGGAUCCCCUGGCAGGAGUGGAGAGAAAGGUGACCGAGGCUUCACAGGACCACCUGGAUCACCUCUUCGAAGAGACUAUCCAAUAACCGCACCACGAGGCGACCCUGGCAACCCUGGACCUCCAGGAUUCCCUGGCCCUAGAGGAGGCAAAGGAUUCCCAGGACUACCUGGUCCCAGUGGCUUGCCAGGAUUGCGAGGUCUCCCAGGAUUUGAGAAAGGGAGACCUGGAGAUUUUGGGAUUUCAGGUGCACCUGGAAGGCCGGGACGACCAGGACCAAAGGGCUCGGGCGGCAUAUUUGGUUUCCCUGGAACAUUGGGUGAAAAGGGUAAUGAAGGUCCGCCCGGUACUCCUGGGCUCCCUGGUGAAACUGGCUUCCCUGGUCCAAAAGGUGAGCCUGGUACAGGGUUAAGAUUCCCAGGUGAUCGAGGACCAAAAGGAGAGAGAGGGCUGCCCGGAUAUCCAGGUGGAAGAGGGCAGGAUGGUUUGCCUGGUGAUCCCGGCUACAGUGGUAGACCUGGGGUCAGUGUACAUAAAGGAUUUCCAGGAGAAGCUGGUCGACCAGGAUCCCCAGGUGCUCCAGGGCUUUCAGGACCUUCUGGAAUCCCCGGCUACACAGGACCACGAGGACCUCCUGGUCCUCCAGGACAGCCAAGCCGAUAUAGUGCACCAGGACUGAAAGGUCUCUCAGGAUCUCCAGGGCUGGACGGUUUGAAUGGUUUGCCAGGCCCUAAGGGCCCACCUGGAACACCAGGCAUUGUUCUGUACGCAUCACCCGGACCUCCCGGCCCACCUGGCUACAAGGGUGAAAGAGGAUCACCGGGAGCAGGAACAGGAUCACCGGGAUAUCCAGGACCAAAAGGACUUCGAGGAGAUCCAGGUCGUGGUGGACCUCAGGGUCUUCCAGGGAAGCCAGGCCUUCCAGGUGGUUCCCUUGCUCCAGACAUUCCCGGGAAACCAGGUGAUAGCGGUGGACCAGGUUACGAUGGUGAACCAGGUCUUCCAGGUCAACCUGGCCCUCCAGGGUCACCUGGUUUCCGAUAUGAAAGGGGAGAUGCUGGUGACCCAGGUUUCCCUGGGCGCUCGGGACCACCAGGUGUGAGCGGAAACAUUGGACCUUCAGGAACCCCAGGAUAUCCAGGCUCUCCAGGACGGAAAGGUGAAAGUUCAGGACCAGGCAGAAUUGGAUUUCCAGGAACAGAUGGGCCUCCUGGCGACCCAGGUUAUUCAGGUCCAGGAGGGGAUCCUGGUCCGAAAGGCUUCCCAGGAACAGUGGGCACACCAGGCCCACCAGUAAAUCUUGGAGAGCGCCAACUGAGGCGAGGUGAUGAUGGUCCAACAGGAAUUGAUGGACAAUCUGGACCUCCAGGAGAAAAUGGUGGCCCUGGUUAUCGAGGAGAUUCAGGCCCCAAAGGUCAUCCAGGGAAACCAGGCAGGGUGGGACCAAAUGGUUUGCCCGGCCGACCAGGUUUUGUGGGAGAUCCAGGUUCAAAGGGCUAUCCUGGAUUGCCCGGAGCAGAAGGUUAUCCGGGGAAUCCAGGUUUGGAAGGGCGGCCUGGGCACUCGGGCCGCAGCGUCAGUGUGGGCUACACACUGGUGAAGCACAGCCAGUCGGAGACUGUGCCAACCUGUCCAUUGGGGAUGACCAGACUGUGGGAAGGCUACAGCUUGCUGUACGUGGAAGGGCAAGAAAAGGCACACAACCAGGAUCUGGGAAUGGCUGGAUCGUGUCUGCCUCGCUUCUCCACGAUGCCUUUCCUGUACUGCAACAUUGAUGAGGUCUGCCACUACGCCAACAGGAACGACAAGUCCUACUGGCUUUCCACCUCGGCGCCCAUCCCCAUGAUGCCCGUCUCUAACUGGCAGAUCCGACGCUACAUCAGCCGCUGCUCUGUGUGUGAGGUGCCCUCCCAGGCCAUUGCUGUACACAGUCAAGACAUAACCAUCCCGCAGUGCCCCAACGGCUGGCGUAGUCUCUGGAUAGGCUACUCUUUCCUUAUGCACACAGCGGCUGGGCCGGAAGGUGGAGGCCAGUCCCUCGUCUCACCGGGCUCUUGCCUGGAGGAUUUCCGCGCCACGCCUUUCAUCGAGUGCAACGGGGCCCGUGGUACCUGCCACUACUUCGCCAACAAGUACAGCUUCUGGCUGACCACAGUCGAGGCGACCCGCCAGUUCGUGGAGUCGCCGCCCUCAGAGACGCUGAAGGAGGGCCAGCUCCGCACCCGGGUCAGCCGCUGCCAAGUCUGCGUUAAGUUCUUGUAGCCGUCUGGGGGUCUACCACUCUUGCUCGGCCGGCUGGCACAGGCACACCUCUCCCACCCAUCACCGGCCAGCUUCACUGACUUUGUAUACUAGGAGGAGGUGGUUUCUAAUGCGGACUGUACAAAAUAUGGCGUGACUUCAUCCUAAUGCUGCGCAAAGCCUUUAUAUGUAUUCACCAAGUCAGAUUGCACACGGGCAAAACCAAGAACAGAAUCAGGUAGUGGUGCUAACUAGUUCUAGUCUUCGGUUUAUUUUCAGUAGCUCCCUCAGCACUUCCAUUGCUUAGUGAACAGAAGUAUGCAGAUACACAAUGCAAUCUUCCCUGAACUAACCCCCAUUGACCUGCCUGAACUCAUAUAACAACAACGCUGGAGAGGUUAAGGUUCAGCACUUCUAUAAAGUCCAGGCAUUUCACAUCUUUGCACAUUUACAUAAAUAGGAUAGGUUUAAAAAUACAUGAGCCAAAUGGGACUAGCCUAGAAUGCCACCUUGCUCGGCAUGGACAAGUUGGUGCCAAAGGGCCUAUUUCCAUGCUGUAAAGCUCCAUAACAUUGUAUUUUGAGUCCCGACCAGAUCAGAAAUGAAAAGGAAAUUUCAAUAUCAAAUCAAGCAUGUGGUCCACUCUGAUGUAUGGAAUUGCUCAUGUAACCACCCUCCACUAUCUGCACUCAACUGGUCAAAUUGUUGAUUUUAUUGGGAGAUUUUGUGGUUAUUUCUGGCUCAAGUAGUUUCUUUAAAUUGACUGUUAUCUGAGUAAGUCAGCUCUGCUGUGCAUCGGAGAAACUACUGGCUAACAUUGUGUUGUCAACAUAUUAGCAUCGGGGAUAGCAAUAUGUUAUGUGUUGUUGUCUCUUGCCAUCUCUCACAGUUGCCCAUUGUUUUCAUCCCCCAGUCUGCAGUCUGCACAAGUCUUCUGCUACAUGAUGCCCAGUCUGAUAUUAUCAUAAAUGGAAGAUAGACACAAAAUGCUGGGGUAACUUAGCGGGACAGGCGGCAUCUCUGUCGAGAAGGAAUGGGUGAUGUUUCGUGUCGAGGCCCUUCUUCAGACCCAAAACGUCUCCCACUCCUUCUCCCCAGAGAUGCCGCAUGUUCCGCUGAGUUACUCCAGCAUUUUGUGUCUAUCUUCGGUUUAAACCAGCAUCUGCAGUUCCUUUCUACACAGAAUCAUAAAUGGCAUUCAUUCACAAGUUAGCUAAACAUAAAAACAUCUGCUUUAAUGUCCCAGCUAAUUUGUGUGGUCGUUUACCUCAUCUCAAUUGCAUCACAAAGCUCAUUGUUGUAGUUAGUCGAUUUAGAUGCUGAAUUCAGGAUUCAAGACAUCUCACCUUCUGAAAAUAAACUAUUCCAGGUAUGGAAGGCUUUUAUAUAUACUGUAAAUACAUUAGUUUGUUUAUUGAGCAUCUUAAUUUUGAAGGUCACAUCCCCCCAUCAACCCACAAAAGAAAAACUGACUUUCUCAAAAUAACACUGCUCUUGCAAUUCUCACAAAGUCAAAAAUACUUUAUCUAUGUCUUGCCUUAAUUGUACAAGGUGCCUUUCAUGCCAAUGUGCUGCGGCCUGCCAAGGCCACGGUAUAUCACACCACCAUGGCCCAUUUUGUUUAAAGCUGCCACAUGCACCUCAUUGGUCACAGGCCAAAACAGGAAUGGGAGGGAGAAGGAAUCAUAGGAAGUUUCAUGUUUACUCAACACAUCAAAGUGCUCAUUUUAACAUCUAUGGCUACCUCAGAAAGUUCAAAUGUUGCCCUACUUUCUCACCUCUUACCAUGUUGCAAUUACUAAGCAAUAAUAGAAACACAUAACCCUGCACUGAUAGAUCUGACUUAGUGAAACUUUGCUUCCCUUUGCUUUCUCUAUAAACUACCUGCGUUUGUGCUGUGGUGGCUGGGAAUAAAACUGAAUUUACUGAAAGCUUACAGCAAUGGAGACAUGGUCAGUCUGAAAUGGUCGGAAAUGUCACUGUUUGCAAUCUCAUUUGACGUUGACUAGCAGAGUGAAGUCCCUCAGUCAUUAUUGCAUGUAAGCACAAAAUACUUCAUUCCACAAAAACGGAAUGUUUUUUACAUUCAGCGGUCGGAUUUAUUGCCGAUUAUUGGAUGCAGCACUGAUGUAAAGCAAGUUUCUCACUGUCAGAGCAUAACGCAGCACUUAAUAAAUGAUAUUGAAGCAGAAAAAGAAGAUAAAAUACAUACGCAUCCUUGCAAUCACUAUCAUAUAAAACUAAUACAUAUCAUUCAAGGAUGUGUCUCCCCAUUGACUUAGAGGAAGUUGUUUGAAGAAAAAAUAAUAUCUUAAAAGGGCAUUAAGGAAUUGGGUUGAAUUUGUUGCUCACGCCACAUGCAGGGGAACAUAACACAACCUGAAAUAUAAUUGCUGGGGCUUUUGUUUUACUUCAAUAAUGUCACACUUUCAUUCAACCUGUUUUGAAAUUCACCAUUAUCAGGUGCAUUCCAUGUUAGUACGAGUCUACAUCUCAGCUCUAAAUGACUGUGAUAAUUUAAUCACACAGAAGCUAACAAAGCUAACAGAAUCAAGGGAUAUGGGGAGAAAGCAGGAACGGGGUACUGAUUUUGAAUGAUCAGCCAUGAUCAUAUUGAAAGGCGGUACUGGCUCGAAGGGCCGAAUAACCUACUCCAGCAUCUAUAUUCCAUGUUUCUAAUUUUCUAAAAUUAAGUGGUUAGUGUGAGGUAUAGUGAUAGCUGUUCACCGGGCAUUGACAAGACAAGGCUUGCUCCUUCAGUGCUCAGUAUUUAUAAUCUACAGAAGCUAUGGGUUCCAUCACUUCCAGCAGUGCAGCCAGCUAUGUUGAACUUUGUGCUUGCUUUCUCAGAGGCAUCCCUUUACACAACCAUAUAGGGAUUUAUUUUAGACAAGAAUAUAGAAGGGCAAUGUGUUGGUCACAAUAAGGCAGCCUAGCUGCCCCAAGAGGUCCAUGAAGAAUGGCCUUUUGGAGUUGCGUAGAAAGAACAAUUUAUAGUUGUAUUUUCACAUGAGGAUUCAAUCUAUGGCCAUAUACAAAGCCCACAGAGAACACUAUUACAAACCUGGUAAGGCUUUGGAUGAGUGCUUGAGUUUUGAGAGUAGGUUGUUCAAAUCUAAACAUAAUGGAAGCAUGUUGAUAAAUUGUACAUCUGGAGCAUUCCAAAACCAGAGACAACCCUUUGUGUAAAAGAAAAUCAACAUAUGUUUAAAACUACAAAGUAUUUGUAUUCACAAUGGUGCUAUUUAUAUAGUUUUAACACACUGCGGUAUCCUUCAACCUAGUUUUCUCUUUAAAGGGCAUGGGGGUUCCCACCAUAAUUCAUUGAGCGAAAGCCUACUUGUGAGCCCCUGAACAAUUUCCCCUUCCCCCUUCUACAACAGCAGCCCUGCCAUGGGUGGCCAGGAAAGAACAUACACUUCUGAAUCCAGUUGGAUUGUUGUCAAUUGCACUUUUGUUAUUAUCAGUGCCCGAUCUUUCCCUCGUUUUAAACAAGUCGACAAUCCCACUAGUCACACUUUUGUUUUUUGCCUGAGGCCUUUAUAAACAGAAUGAAUACUAUCAGGCUUGUAUCUUCAAAUAGUAUAUGGUACUACUGAAAUUUUACAUUUAAAUGUUUGUACUAAAAGACUAUGAAGCUGUAUAAAUUUAUAAUCACCAAAUGCUAACAAGGCAGCUUUGCUUUUCCUUGGCCAUUGUUGUUACAGAGAUAUUAACUGGGUAAAAUGAAUAAACUCAUGUCUGUCAAA